AUGAUUGAAGUUAAGUGGAAGACGUCAUGUGGUUUUCCUCAGUUGACAUCUCGACGCACCACUGAUCAAGAGCUCAUUCAAUCCACAAUUGCCUGUUCUAUUCUUUUCUUACAACUUGGCAUCAACAUGGAAUGUGCGUUGGGCUCCGUCUACCCUCCUCCAAGUGGUCUGAAAGCCGGAGAGAGUACUGUGUUCUUCCCCGAUAAUCGUGAGAUAUUCUGCGGGUCCCGGUGUGAAACUGCUGUCAUAGAGCUUCCCUUGACGCCGCCUCCGUCGCCGCAGUUGCCCUCGCCGCCUCCUCGAUUGCCGUUCGUGACCUCGCCAGCGCCUCCAUGCUCCCCGGUUCCUCCUCCCACGCCCACGACCGCCCCUUCGCCAGCGCCUCUUCACUGCAGGGUCUCCUCGGCAGCCCACGAUAUCAUCCCGAUGCGCUCUGUCCCUCCUCCCGAGGUUCUCGUGGCCAUUUUAACUCUGUCUCCUGCAGCUCCCCCUUCGUCCACGCCUUCGGCCGCUCUUCCUCCCUCACUGGCUUCAGGAGAGGUCUUUCCCUCCCGAAGGACACCCUCAGAGCUUCCCGCGACGUCGUCUUCAAGGCGCCGCUGCAUGACUCCUGCGGACGUGGCCGCCGUCGUCAACCUGGCGGCGAUGUUGGUGUUGUUCGUGGUUAUUGUGAUAUUUCUUAAGAAAAUGUGGAACAACGCUUAA